GUCGAGGCAGCCUUUCAAGCCACGUACGCACGAAUUGACGGCGGCCCCGCACAAGAUGCUCCGGCAACGCAACACUGGACGAGACGAUGGAGGCGAUACACCGAGGGAAUCGUCCUUCAGCACGCGCCAGAUGCUGAAGAAGGUAGAUGUCUACCCGAAACUUCACCGCGAGUUCAAGGUCCAAACGGAGGCUGGCGCUACAGUGUCCCUCGUGGCGAUGGUGAUCAUGGCAAUAUUGUUCUUGUCGGAGUUACGCGACUUCUUGACCGUGAACAAGCACGAGCACAUGGUCGUGGACACGUCGACGACCGAAAAGCUUCAAAUUACAUUCGAUAUCAGCUACCCCGCCCUGACUUGCCGCGAGGCGCACAUGAACGCCAUGGACGUCGCGGGCGACCUCCAAGUGAACAUGCACCACACCGUGUUCAAGACGCGACUUGCAGCGGACGGCAGCCGCAUUGGUGAAGCGAUGACUCAUGUGCCAAACGCCCACCCAGAAACCCUGGAACCUCUUCCGGCCGAUUACUGCGGCAGCUGCUACGGCAAUACGCAUCCAGCGGGGCUGACGUGCUGCAACACGUGCGACCAGGUCAAGGAGGCGUUCAUGACGGGCGAAAAGACGCUGGACGACGCUGAGUUGACGGAGCAAUGUUUACGAGAGCGGGGCAAGGAGGAAGCGGACUCGAAGGAAGGCGAAGGAUGUCGCUUGCAUGGAACGAUGCUCGUGAAUCGCGUCGCGGGCAACUUCCACGUCGGGCUCGGACGCACGUUCCACCGCCAAGGGAGGUUGGUGCACCAGUUUCUACCGGGGCAACAAUUCACGUACAACUCGAGCCAUAUCAUUCAUGAAUUGUACUUUGGCGAGCCGUAUCCUGGGAUGUCGGGUCCGCUGGACAACACUGUCCAAAUCGCCGAUCGCGGUGGGGCUGUGUUCCAAUACUUUUUGAAGAUCGUGCCCACGAUCUACAACGACGGGGUGUCGACGCGGUAUUCGAACCAGUUUUCGUACACGCGUCAAACGCGGUAUUUGGAUCCGUGGGGCACGAUGCAAGUGCUUCCCGGCGUCUUUUUUAUCUUUGAGAUGUCGGCGUUUGUCGUGCAGGUCGACGCGACGUCGGUCCCGUUCACCCACUUUCUCAUGCGCGUGUGCGCCAUCGUCGGCGGCAUGGUGUCGGUACGUGCGUGGAGCUUGCAUUCGAUGCCAACGUCGUCGUAGAUUGCCGGGUUUGUGGACUCGCUGCUCCAUCACUACUUUCGAAAGUCGCCGGCGGGGUCGUCGUCCAAGUAACACAUGCGUCGACCGAUGUAUCUCGUGUGCACAACUCUCGACAAGUCGUGGAAUGGAUGACUUUAGCUGUGGUUUUACUCCCAUUUGUCGUGCCCCCCCGGCAUCUCCCAUGCGCUUUCGCCCGUGUCAUGGCAGUAGUAAUAUGGCGCCGACGUCGCUGCAUCGUA